GAAGAGGACUAUCCAGGAGCUAUUCAGCUGUGCUUGGAAUGCCAGAAAGCUGCCAGCACUUUUAAACACUACAGUUGUAUAAGCGAAUUGAAUUCAAAGCUGCAAGACACCUUAGAGCAAAUUGAGGAACAACUGGACGUAGCGCUCUCUAAAAUAUGCAAGAACUUUGAUGUUGGCCAUUACACGAUUUUUCAGCAGGCUUACAGGCUGCUUGGGAAAACACAGACAGCAAUGGACCAGUUACACAUGCACUUCACUCAAGCCAUUCACAACACUGUGUUUCAAGUAGUUCUUGGAUAUGUGGAGCUGUGUGCAGGAAACACAGACACCAAGUUUCAGAAGUUACAGUACAAAGACCUCUGUACACAUAUUACAUCAGACAGCUACAUUCCAUGCCUUGCUGAUCUCUGCAAAGCCCUCUGGGAAGUCAUGCUCAGUUACUACCGAACGAUGCAGUGGCAUGAGAAUCAUGACCAAGAUGAGGCAGCAGCUGUGUCUUCUGUUUCAGAUGGCAGCAAUGUGAUUGGAACUGAAGAGAACAGUUUUGACCGCAGCUAUGUGAAAAAGAAAUUGGAACAUGGUCUUUCACGAAUAUGGCAGGAUGUUCAACUGAAAGUGAAAACAUAUCUUCUG